AUUCAAACCGUCCAAUCAGAGCGAGGCUCAUGCAAAUCUCAGCCACAAAGCCACGCCCACAACAGACAAACAACCAACGGUGAGUGAGAUGGGCGGGGCCAGGAGGACAACAGCGGAGGAUUCAAACUGAACAUGGCUGCGGGGAGAGAUGUCGAGGAAAAUAAUCAAAAUAGAAGAGGUACAGUUUGCAGCAUGGUGAUCAGUCAGGAGGAGUCACCAGGGGGCUCCAGUGCAGGCCGACCACCCGUCAUCUUCAAUCCAGACUUUUUUGUGGAGAAACUUCGCCACGAGUGCCCAGAUGUUUUCCUGGAGCUGGUGCUGAGUAACAUCACUCGUCUCAUCGAUCUGCCUGGCACCGAAUUUGCCCAGCUCAUUGGCGAGGACAGUCCCAAGACCCCAACGGGAGGAAACGGGGGCUUCUUUCGUUCAUUCAACUUCCUCAAACGUAAAGAUAAAGGAGUCAUGUUUGGAACUGCAUUGACGGAAACCUGCAUUGCUCAGAUGUACCAGCUCAUCGAGUAUCUCAGCAGAAAUCUGCACGUGGAGGGUCUGUUUCGUGUGCCAGGAAACAGCGUUAGACUUCAGUCUCUGAGGGAACUUCUGAACAGUGGAUCAGACGUCAAACUGGACUCAGGAGACUUUCACCCCAAUGACGUGGCCACGCUGCUCAAGACUAUCCUGGGUGAACUGCCUGAACCUCUGCUCACGCACAGACACUUCCACGUGCACCUGAAGAUAGCUGACAUGACUCUGUUCGACGAGCACGGCAACAAGACCGCAGUUCCCAACAAGGAGCGUCAGGUGGAGGCCCUGCAGCUGCUGUUCCUCCUCCUGCCUCAGGCCAACCGCUCUCUGCUGAAGCUGCUGCUGGACCUGCUCUACCACACGGCCAAGCAGCAGGACAAAAACAAGAUGUCAGCCUUCAACCUGGCCCUGAUGUUUGCCCCACACGUGCUGUGGCCCAGACAUAUGACUGCUGGUGACCUGAAGGACAAUCUGAAGAAACUAAACAACAGCAUGGCCUUUCUCAUCAAACACUCACAGAAUAUUGUGUACUGUCCAGGCUACCUGCGUGACUACGCCAGGGUCCACUUCAGUUCCACCAAGUCUGUGCAGACCAAGGAUGACCUGGAGCUGUUGGCAGUGAACAACUCUCCUGCUCAGCGGACUGCGUUGCCCAUGAAGAGGGCGGCCGCUCUGGGCCCCGGCUCUGAGGACACGUACCAGUCGCCGGCUCAGCAGUACACGGAGGAGGCGCUGAAGGAGCUCUUCAGACACGUCAACCAGAACAUGCCCGACUCUGCCAAGAAGAAGAAGCUGGUCCGCCAGCUUGUCAAACAGACCACUACAGCAGUGACGCCUAACAAUGAGAAUCACCAUGGAUUACAAACAACCACCAAGAAACAUCCUCGAUCACGGUCCUUUGGAGGCCUCAUCAAGCGUAAAGCCCGCGGUGAUCAACAGACGACGCAGCGAAGGGUCAGACACGUCUCACCUGAUGCCGUGAGCAGAACCGGGAGGAACGGAGGGACAGAGAACCGUUCCCUGUGUUCACAGAAGAACAGUCCAUUGAAUGGUCCUGUGUUGGGGAAGGUGGGCCUGGUCGUAAAGAACCCAGACUUCAGCUUCUCUGAGAACAGAGCUCUGAAGGUUCCCAAGAUAAGCUGA